UUUGAUUGCUCGGACUGGUGUGUUUCUGUCUCGCGUGUCUCUGUAUCGAUGAUUAAUGUCUGCCGUGUCGCUGCAUGGCGCCUGUGUUUGACCGUUUUGAAGCCUGCAGCCGAAAGGAGGACAGUUUAUGAGACUUGACAACCGGCACUGAGCAGACAUGGGCCGCCGCUCGUCAGACAGCGAGGACGACAGCCGCAGCCGCCGCAAAAAGAAGCACAGACGACGCUCGUCUUCGUCCUCUUCCUCCUCCAGCUCAUCGGGGAGCAGAGUGACCAGCCGCAGCAAACACUCGAGCAGACGAAGCCACUCGCGCUCCAGAGACCGAGACAGGAGGCGCAGGCAUCGCUCCAGCAGCAGCUCCUCAAGAGGCUCCAGCCACAGGAAGAGAAGCCGCAGCACUGAGAGGAGGCGGAGUCGAAGCGCAGAUAGGGGGCGGAGCCACAGAUCACGCCGCUCUCGCUCCCGCAGUCGGAGGAGGUCUCGUUCCCGUCAUCGCCGAUCCCGCAGCCGGAGUAGCGGCAGAUCCAGCCGGAGACGCAGCCGCAGCAGAGACCGUGACCGCAGUCAGCGCAAGACUCGAGACAAGGACAGGGACAGAGAGAAGGACAGAGGACGUGACCGAGGCCGCGACAAAGAGGACGCCAAAGCCAAAGAAAAGGGAAAACAAGGGGACGCGGUGAACAUCAAAGCCGGAUUAGAACAUCUGACAGCAGCUGAACAGGCCAAGGUUCGACUCCAGCUAGUGCUCCAGGCUGCAGCUAAAACAGACGAGGCACUAAGGGCAAAGGAAAAGAAAGAAGAGGAGGCGAAGAAGAUCAAAGAGGAAGAAGAGGUCUCUCUCGCCGAGCAGGUGAGGAGGAUAAAGGAGAUCGAGGCCAUCGAGAGCGACUCUUUUGUUCCUCAGGCUUUCAAAUCAUCCCGGGACGCCGCCAAGGUGACUGAGUCUCUGGAAAUCCAGGAGGCGGGGUCAGGUGUCACACCCACUGUGAAAGAGGAAGACAUCGCGCUGCCCACUGUCAUCAAGUACAGUAACAGUGACUCACUCGCUCACCCCAGUUUAUUCAUAGACAAAGAGGAGGCGGAGAAGUUGUGGCUGAAUCGACUCCUGUCACUGCGCCAGGAGAGGCUCAUGGGAAGUCCUGUGGCCUGAACUCGACUCUGCGUAAUGAAGAACUCAUUAUCAGAUUCUUAAAUAUGUUUUUUUUUUUCUUCUUCUUCUAUUAAUCACAGUACAGUUUAUUAAUAGAGACUGCUUGAUUGAUUUUCAUUCAGAAACUUGUGAUUCAUGGAACCAUUGGAGAUUUUGUUAGAUACAUAUAUUUGACCUGUGUUAAUAGUAUUAAUGUUUUUUAUUAUUAUUAUUAUUGUGUUAAAUUUAGAUUAGCUCUGGAGCCAAUUAGUCAUUUAAGGAACACUUAAGGAAUUUUUGGUUUCUGUUCAGAGUAAGAAAAAAGGGGGGAAUAUAGAGGAAAAUUGCGUUUUCAUUCUACAAACAUCAAACUUCAUUUGCCAUCUUCGUGUGAUGGCAGAAGUAUGAUGUAUUUUAUGUUUCCCAUGAAGUUGAAAUAGCUAAAUGGAGUUUAGAAAUAAUGUUGUUACCUCAGUGAUGCACAAUAUGUUGCCAUCUCAUAAACUUUAUCAACCCGUCAGAAAGGCUGAUUAAAUGUUAGUUUUGACAAAAAUGCAAGAAAAUUUAUGAACCUGUCAGCAUGACUUUUUUUAAUUGGCGAGCAUAAAGUGAGCACAUAUUUCUAGUUAAUAUGAGAAACUUUUUCACAUUGUGCAACAUAAUGUCACUGCAAAACACGAUGUUUAGUCAUUCCCGAGAAUCUUAACAAGAAAAAAAUACACCCACGUAGACAAGAUUCCGUUUUUCUUCCUUCACUAAAUCUCUGGAAUUGAAUUUUACAUCAUAGGAUAGUUUAUUUUUCUUGAUGUUUGUUUCAGAAAUAAAUAAAUAAAUAAACUGUUUUUAUGGCACGAA